AUGUCCCUGCAGAGGAUCGUGCGUGUGUCCCUGGAGCACCCCACCAGUGCCGUGUGCGUGGCCGGCGUGGAGACCCUGGUGGACAUUUAUGGGUCAGUGCCGGAGGGCACAGAGACGUUCGAGGUCUACGGGACGCCCGGUGUGGACGUCUACAUCUCCCCCAGCGCGGAGAGGGGCCGGGAGCGCGCGGACACCCGGCGGUGGCGCUGUAACACAGGCCUGGAGAUCAUCGUGGUCAUGAACUCCCCCAGCAAUGACGUCAACGACAGUCAUGUUCAGAUUUCCUACUACUCCACACAUAAGCCCCUGCCCCUGGCGUACACAGUGCUCUACCUCACCUGCGUUGACAUCACUCUGGAUUGCGACCUGAACUGUGACAGCAGGCAGGACAGGAGCUUUGUGGACAAGCGCCAGUGGGUCUGGGGGCCUGAUGGGUAUGGGGCCAUCCUGCUAGUGAACUGUGACAGGGACGACCUGAACUGUGAUGACCGGGACAACUGUGACCAGCACGUGCGCUGCCUGCAAGACCUGGAAGACAUGUCCGUCAUGGUCCUGCGGACCCAGGGCCCUGCAGCCCUCUUCGAUGACCACAGACUCGUCCUCCACACCUCCAGCUACGACGCCAAGUGGGCGCGGGUAUUCCACGCCUGCGGCCCCGAGGACUCGUGCGAGGCCUACAGGCACGUGCUGGGCCGGGACAAGGUGUCCUACGAGGUGCCCCGCUCCCACGGGGACGAGGAGCGCUUCUUCGUGGAGGGCCUCUCCUUCCCCGACGCCGGCUUCCCCGGCCUCGUCUCCUUCCACGUCACCCUGCUGGACGACUCCAAUGAGGAUUUCUCCGAGUCCCCCAUCUUCACCGACACGGUCGUGUUCCGGGUGGCCCCCUGGAUCAUGACGCCCAGCACCCUGCCGCCCCUUGAGGUGUACGUGUGCCAGGUGAGGAACAACACGCGGUUCGUGGACGCGGUGGCGGAGCUGGCCAUGAAGGCCGGCUGCAAGCUGACCAUCUGCCCGCAGGCCGAGAACCGCAAUGACCGCUGGAUCCAGGACGAGAUGGAGCUGGGCUAUGUCCAGGCGCCGCACAAGACCUUCCCGGUGGUGUUCGACUCGCCCAGGAACGGGGAGCUGCAGGACUUCCCAUACAAGAGGAUCCUGGGUCCAGAUUUCGGCUAUGUGACUCGGGAGCCGCAGGACAGCUCUGUGUGUGGCCUGGACUCUUUCGGAAACCUGGAGGUCAGCCCCCCAGUGGUGGCCAACGGGAAGGAGUACCCCCUGGGGAGGAUCCUCAUUGGGGGCAACCUGCCUGGGUCAAGCGGCCGCAGGGUCACCCCGGUGGUGCGGAACUUCCUGCACGCGCAGAGGGUGCAGCCCCCCGUGGAGCUCUUUGUGGACUGGCUGGCCGUGGGCCACGUGGAUGAGUUUCUGAGCUUCGUCCCGGCCCCCGACGGGAAGGGCUUCCGGAUGCUGCUGGCCAGCCCCAGCGCCUGCCUCAAGCUCUUCCAGGAGAAGCGGAAGUGGGGCCACGGCAGGGCCCUGCUGUUCGAAGGGGUUAUUGGUAGUAACAACCAGGUCAGCACCAUCUCCAUCAACCAGGUCCUCUCCAAUAACAACCUCAUCAGCUACAAUAAGUUUGUGCAGAGCUGCAUCGACUGGAACCGGGAGGUGCUAAAGCGGGAGCUGGGCCUGACCGAGCAGGACAUCCUGGACAUCCCGCAGCUCUUCAAGACCGAGAGGAGGAAGGCGGUGGCCUUCUUCCCCGACUUGGUGAACAUGCUGGUGCUGGGCAAGCACCUGGGCAUCCCCAAGCCCUUCGGGCCCAUCAUCAACGGCCGCUGCUGCCUGGAGGAGAAGGUGCGGUCCCUGCUGGAGCCGCUGGGCCUCCACUGCACCUUCAUCGACGACUUCACCCCGUACCACAUGCUGCAUGGGGAGGUGCAUUGUGGGACCAACGUCCGCCGUCAGCCCUUCCCCUUCAAGUGGUGGCACAUGGUGCCCUGA